CAGGGGAUAUGGUCGCCUGGGAGUACGCUUGAUGAACUGCGGAGAUCAAGUGUACUCCAGAAUUCCCUGCAGGCUCCAGGGAAGUAGAUAAUGAAUCUGAUAUGUUGCUAAUUAAAAAUGUUUUACAUAUAUCACAGGGCAUGAAAAGGUCUGCUGUCACAUUAGGCUUAGUAUCUGAUAUGGAUUGAAAUCCUUGUUGUCAACCCAUUUUUGCCCGUGUUAUUGAUUUAACUGCUCAAAGAGUUUGUCAGGGACUACCUCGAUAGCAGACAUUUGACUGACAGUCUGGAGCUUGGAGACAAGAGAGUACGAGGCAUGGGGUACGAGAAGAAGAGCUGUCACUUUGUCUGCAAGGAUUGGGAGCACCAUAGUGAAGGACAGAAUGAGCAAGACUUGCACCAUUUUACCUCUGGACACCGUGGACACAGUCGACAUAGCAAUAGGAGGCUUCACCAUGAACAAUGUCAUAACAUCGACAACUGUAGACACUCAAACUCGAGGAGCUGCCAAAGAACAAGAUCCACCAGUGUUGAGGAUGACGAGGAGAAUCACCUGAUCUAUCACAAUGGAGACAGGCUGACAGCAAGAUAUGAAAUUGUUGGUACAUUAGGAGAAGGUGCUUUUGGGAAGGUGGUGGAAUGCAUUGAUCAUUCAUUCAAUGACUCUGCUCAUGUGGCAAUGAAGAUCGUAAAAAACAUAGACAGUUACCGUGACGUUGCCAUGUCUGAGGUGGCAAUAUUGGACAAGAUGAAUGACCUCGACUCUGACAGCCAAUAUGCCUGUGUGAGGAUGUUGGACUGGUUCAACCACCAUGGCCAUAUUUGCAUCGUCUUCGAGCUGUUGGGUCUCAGUACAUAUGAACUCCUCCAACAGAACAACUUUCAGCCGUUUCCUGUGGGAAAAAUCCGACAUAUGGCCUACCAGAUCAUCAAAGCUGUCAGGUUUCUACACAAAAACAAGUUGACUCAUACUGAUCUGAAACCGGAGAACAUUCUCUUUGUGGAUUCAGACUUUGCUGUCCUGUACUAUUCAACAAACAAAAGGGAUGAGUGGACCCUGAACGUCCCAGAAGUGAAAGUAGUCGACUUUGGGAAUGCAACAUUUGACCAUGAGUUCCAUGCACCUGUGGUGUCCACCCGCCAUUACCGUGCUCCAGAGGUCAUUCUAGAGUUAGGAUGGAAUCAGGCGUGUGAUGUCUGGAGUCUGGGCUGCAUUCUCAUGGAGUAUUAUCUUGGAGUAACACUCUUCCUGACACACAGCAAUAGAGAGCACCUGGCCAUGAUGGAGCGGGUCCUUGGUCCCAUCCCCACACACCUCCUGCAGAAAACCAGGAGGAGGGAUUAUGUCCAUCGCAAUCGAUUGGCUUGGGAUGUGCGAAGGUCUUCAGGAAGAUACGUCAGAAAACACUGCAAACCACUCAAGGAAUACAUGAGCUCCAGAGGCCCGGAGCACCAGCAGCUUUUUGAUCUCGUCCAAAGGAUGCUGGAGUAUGACGUGACCGAGCGCAUCACCCUCAAUGAGGCUCUGUCACAUCCCUUUUUUAAAAACUUAAGGAAAGGUCUUAAAUAAAGGCUCCCCAGCGUGACAUACAGUAUGAUUAACUUGACAAGUGACAUUAGAUAUAUCCUCUUAGACGUGGAGAGUCCUCCGAGAGGCUGAGAGUUUUUGAGUUUGAGCCUAAAGGCUUUUUUUAAAUAACAGUGUUUUAAUGCUGAAAGAAAAUGGGUGUCCUGCAAGAAAGGAUGUUUAUCCUGUUCAGUUGUCUGAAUUCUUACAUUUAAUGAAUGCUCUAAAGAUUUGUGGCAUUAGUUUUUACUGGACUGUGGACUGUGACCGUGAAAAACUUUGCAAUAAAUAGCCAAAUUCAGUUAAUUCAUUUUUUUUCUGUGAGACAGUGGAUGGGUUAUGUUUAUG